UAUGAAAAGUCAGCUGCUCCUCUAUCUCUCUUCCUUUCUUCAAAACCAUUCUCUCCAUCAUCACACCUUUGUUUUUGAGAAGUAGAACAUAUAAAACAAUCCAACAUCAGCCUUCAAAACCCAUUUCUUUUGCUUUCCUGCUUCCCAAAAAUCGAACCCCAUCUUCCCAAAAAUACAUACACUUGUACUAAAUAUAUUAGUCCAUUCAUAUCACUCUGCUUAAAUCAACCCAAAAAAACCCCAAAUCCAAAACCCAAGAAUUGCAUGCCUUUAACGUCUCUUUGGUGUCCAAAGAACUCAACAAGAUAUACACUUGAUGUUGCAGCUUGUGCCAUAAAAGCAUGUGCAGCUUGUUCAUGCCAAUUACUAGGAUGGAGAAUUACCAAGGUGAUUUAACUGAUAUUCUUAGAGCUGGCAGUGCUGCUACUUCCGCCGCAGGAGCUUACCAUUCUGAUCAUCUUCUUCAUCAUCAUCAUCAAGAACCUGAAGCCGCCGCCGACAGCUGGCACUUCCCAUCUGACCAUCCUCCUCCCAUGAAAUUUUCCUCAGCGUCCUCAGCCAUGGAGGAGGAGGAAGAAGAAGAUGCCAAGGACAAUUUUGGCGAUCCCUUUUCAUCCUACAUGCGCGAUCCGCUUCUUCAUGAACUGGACAUAUCGUCUAGCUCCAGCUUUUUCAUCAGCCCCAAUUCCUCAUCAGAUAUGAAUAUUAACAUCACUUCUGUGGAUGAAGCUGGCGGUACAAGUAGCACUUUUGGCGGUGCACAUAUAGUUCUUGCUCCUCCUCCUCCUCCUCCACCUCAUCACCACCAUCUUCAUCAUCAUCAACAAGGUGGUGCCCUUGUUGAUGGGGAUCCAAUAAAGAGGCCUUGCAACAUAUUCUCGCGGAUGCUUCAGAUCUCUCCGAGUGCAAAGGUCCCAGUGACGGCAUGUGACUCGCCGUUGCUGGGUGCAGCAACAGCAGUGUCGUCUCCACGGGGAAUUAGUAAGGCGGUGUCUGGUUCGAUAUCUGGUGCCAUGGUUGGAAGCGACAUGAUUAUUAAUGGGAACAGCUCAUCAGGAAAAGGUUGCUUGCUCGAGAACACCGGGGUGCAGAUCUCAUCUCCACGGAAUCCGGGCAUCAAGCGAAGGAAGAGCCAGGCAAAGAAGGUUGUGUGCAUUCCAGCGCCUGCGGCGGCAAACAGCAGGCCAACUGGAGAAGUAGUUCCAUCUGAUCUGUGGGCAUGGAGAAAGUACGGUCAGAAACCCAUCAAAGGUUCACCUUAUCCAAGGGGUUACUAUCGAUGCAGCAGCUCAAAGGGUUGCUCAGCAAGGAAACAAGUAGAGCGUAGCCGGACUGAUCCAAACAUGUUGGUCAUCACUUACACUUCGGAACACAACCAUCCCUGGCCAACUCAAAGAAAUGCUCUAGCUGGCUCAACGAGAUCCCAGCCAUCCAAAAGCGGUGCCGGUUCGAAGGCCUCUUCCAAUAGUUCUCAUCAGCCUCAUCAGAAGCCAGCAAGCCCUACAAAGGAAGAACAAAAUGAGACCAUGAAUGAUAAUAAUCAUGUGUCUCCAGUUAUCACUGCUGGGAGUGCUUCAACAGUGAAGGAAGAAUUUGAGGACAUUGAGAAGCAAUUGGAGCUUGAUCAUCAUCAAUUCAUCGGUGAUCAUCAAGCAGGGUUUCCUUAUAGACCAUCAAUGCCUGAUGAUCAGUCCAACCAGUCUCAUCACAAUGAGGACUUCUUUGCUGAUUUAGGAGAAAUUGAGGCUGAUCCACUAAACCUUUUGUUUUCACAAUGUUUCACACCAGAUGAGCAGCAAAAGGGAAGCAAGGCUGCAGCCUUGGAUCCAUUCAAUCUCUUUGAUUGGUCUGGGGAUCAAAACACCAACAACAACACCACCUCAUUUGGUGAAGCAGCUAAGAGGCGCUUAUAACAAGACCAAGAUCACCACCACCUUGAAAAGAUAUCAUCAACAACAACAACAAACAAACAAAGCUCCCCCACAAAAACAAGAGUUAAGAGAGUAUACGCUUUUUAAGUUAGUUUUUUCUUUUCUUUUUUGGUGGUGCAGUUUAAAAACCUUGUCUUUCUGGUUUGAAUUAAAUUUUACAUGUGGGGGUGGGGGGAGAUGACUACUUUUCUAUUUUUUUAACCUCUUUUUUACUUUUUUAUUUUUACUUUUUGGGGUUCUUGUUAUUUACCAGAAUAGUCAGGAUUAGGGAAAGAGAUGAUCAGUUAAGGGAAGAGAGAGAGAGUGCUGGUUGUUUGAUUGGGAGCAGACACAUUCCUUUAGGAAUUUUGGUGGAUGGGACAGAAAGCUGAGGAACAGAAGGUUUCUACAGUAGAAACAAGUACAUCCAUCGGAGACAUGACUGGAAAGCUCAGUCUCAGUGUGAAAGGAGAUUUGAUAUGAAGAUGGGACUUGCCUUCA